UCUCUGUGUCUCUUCCUCUUUCUCUUUCGCACUCUCACUUAGCGUGUGAGUGCAGGAAAAUGGCAGAAUCCAGUAUUUUAGAUCACUUUUCAGUGGAUCAGUUCAGUUGUCCAGUGUGUCUGGAUCUCCUGAAGGAUCCGGUGACUAUCCCCUGUGGUCACAGUUACUGUAAAGUGUGUAUUAAUGGCUGCUGGGAUCAGGAGGAUCAGAAGGGAGUCUAUAGCUGUCCUCAGUGCAGAGACACUUUCACUCCGAGGCCUGUUCUACGCAGAAACAACAUGCUGGCUGAAGUGGUGGAGAAACUGAAGAAGACUGAAGUCCAAGCUGCUUCUCCUGCUCACUGUUACGCUGGACCUGGAGAUGUGGAGUGUGAUUUCUGCACCAGGAGGAAACACAAAGCCGUCAAGUCCUGUCUGAUGUGUCUGGCUUCUUUUUGUGAAACUCAUUUUAAACCUCAUCUAGAAGUUUCUGCUUUGAAAAAGCACACCUUAAUCGAAGCCUCCUCAAAGCUCCAAGAGAAGAUCUGCUCUCACCAUGAUGAAGUGCUCAGGAUCUACUGUCGUACUGACCAAAGGUGUAUUUGUUCUUUGUGCAUGUUGGAUAAUCACAAAGGACACGACGCUGUAUCACUUUCAGCAGAGAGAACUGAGAAACAGAGUGAGUUAAAGGAGGAGCAGAUGAAAUCCCAACAGAGAAUCCAGGAGAAGCAGAAGAAGGUGCAGGAGCUGAAACAGGCUGUGAACACGAUUAAGUCACGUGCUCAGACAGCAGUGGAGGACAGUGAGAUUAUCUUUACUGAGAUGAUCAGUUCCAUGGAGAAAAAGCGCUCUGAGGUGACGAAGCUGAUCAGAGCUCAGGAGAAGGCUGAACUGAGUCGAGCUGAACGACUCCUGGAGCAACUGGAGCAGGAGAUCACUGAUCUUCAGAGGAGAGUCACUGAGCUGGAGCAGCUUUCACACACACACGAUCACAUCCAAUUCCUCCAGAGUUUCCAGUCUCUCUGUGUCUCUUCUGCACGUGAGGAUUCACCCAGCAGCACUGUCCAUCAACAUCUCUCAUUUGAUGGAGUGAGGAAUUCUCUCUCAGAUCUGAAGAAGAGACUCGAGGAAUUCUGUGAGGAGGAAUUCAACAAAAUCUCUUCACAUGAAGCUGAUGAUUCAUUUUUAUCUUCAUCUCUGUUUUGUCUCCAAGCUACAGCAGUUUCACCAUCAGAGCCAAAGAGCAGAGAAGAUUUUCUGAAAUAUUUCUGUUAUCUGACUCUGGAUCCCAACACAGCAAAUCAUUUCCUCAUUCUGUCUGAGAAGAACAGAGCGGUGACAUUCAGUGUGAAAAAUCAGCAGUACUCUUAUCAUCCAGAGAGAUUUGACUCCUGUUGGCAGGUGUUGUGUAAGGAGAGUGUGUGUGGACGCUGUUACUGGGAGGUGAAGUGGAGCGGUGAUGGUGUGUACAUCUCAGUCUCAUAUAAAGACAUCAGGAGGAAAGGAUGGGGUAAACAGUGUGUGUUUGGACUCAACAAUCAGUCCUGGAGUCUGUGCUGUUCUUCUUCUUCUCUCUCUUUCUAUCACAGCAACAUUAAAACUGAUCUCAGAGUUCCAUCAUCCUCCAGAAUAGGAGUGUAUGUGGAUCACAGUGCAGGAAGUCUGUCCUUCUACAGCAUCUCUGACACGAUGAAGCUCCUCCACAGAGUCCACACCACAUUCACUCAACCUCUAUACGCUGGGUUUUGGGUUUCUAAAGGAAAUGUGAGGUUGUGUGACCCAAAAUAACAGCAGAUGCAAUUAAUCUGUCUUUGAAACUUUAUGAUUGAAACUUUGGUAAAUUUGGUAUAAACAAUUUUAUUCUCUAAUAAACUCUAAUAGAGCCUCA